GGCGUCCGCGGGCCGGUGCGCGGGGUGCCGAGCGGGUGCCGGCGUUGUCUGUAGCGGGAUGGUGCCUCGAUGCCAGGUUUGAAUCCGAACAAAAAUGCUUACACCUGUAGGUUGAAGUCCUGUAUUUUGCAAAAAGCGCAGAGAUCACAGGAGUCCGUUCAGAGACCAUAUCUGUACCGCAAGAAAUCAGAGCCUCCCAGCUGUGGAAAGAGAUAGAAACUCGACAUCCUGGAUUGGCUGAUGUUAGAAAUCAGAUAAUAUUUGCUGUUCGUCAGGAGUAUGUCGAGCUUGGAGAUCAGCAACUCCUGCUUCAACCGGGAGACGAAAUCGCCAUUAUCCCCCCCAUCAGUGGAGGGUAGUGCUCCUGAGGCAGCUAGGGAGAGCGCAGAGGGGGAGGAGAGGCCCCGGGAUGUGGUCAAGCUCACUGCCCAGAGGCUUUCGGUAGACGACGCUUCGCGGUCGGUCCUUUCUCCACUGUGUGGUGCCGUGUCCCUCUUUGUAGGGACUACAAGAAAUAACUUUGAAGGCAAAAAAGUCAUUGGCUUGGAAUAUGAAGCGUAUCUUCCCAUGGCAGAGAAUGAAAUCAGAAAGAUCUGUGGUGACAUUAGACAGAAGUGGGCGGUCAGACACAUAGCGGUGUUCCAUCGCCUUGGCUUGGUUCCAGUAUCAGAAGCAAGCACUAUCAUUGCUGUGUCCUCAGCUCACAGGACUGCGUCCCUUGAAGCUGUGAACUAUGCCAUUAACGCUUUAAAAGCCAAGGUGCCCAUAUGGAAAAAGGAAAUAUAUGAAGAAUCUUCGUCCUGUUGGAAAAGAAACAAAGAAUGCUUCUGGGCAGCCAGUGAUUGAUCACUUAACGCACAUCGAGUCUUAAAUGUGGUCAAUUUUUAUCAUUGGUCACACUUUGAUUUUUCUUCUCUGUAAAUCAAGAUAGCUUGCUGAUGCACAAUCUUGGGUUAUAUUAGCAGAUAAAUGGAGUAAAAGAAAGCAAACUGUACUUCGUAGGAUUACAGGUGGUUUAGGAACCGGAGGUGGGAAAAUGGGAGAUUUCAGUGUGAGCUGAGAUUCAGCCUUCUGUGGAUAAUUCCGAAUGGCGGCGCUGCUCACGUGGGCUGGGCGCCGCCCUCGGCCUUUGGCCGCCUCUCCCGUGCACGGGCAGUUGUGCCGUCGGAGUCUGGAGCGCCUCGUGGAAAUCUUGGCAAAACCCGAAUGCCAUCAGAGAGUUUUGAUACACUUUUUCAGAGCUUCCGUAUCUUAUGAGCUAAAUACCUUCAUGAUUUAAAUAUCUUUUUAAAAAUUCCUGGUUUUAUUUUUUUGAAAAAAAAAAAAACAAAAUUAAUGCCUAAGAUUUUAUAUCAUGGAAAUCUCUAGUACUUUAGAAUCUGUAAUUGCACUGUGUUGAUUUUGUAUUUUAUUUCUUAUUAAUAUUGUUACCAGUAUACCAGCCAGCAUAAAAUUAUUGUGAAACCAACUCACAACAAAAUGGCUUGUGUUAAGAUGGUAGUUACCAUUUAAAAUUAGGCGUGCAUUCCUGGAGGAAAUCAAUUCUUUAUUAAAGCACUUUCGGGCAGCUUUGCUCUGGGUGUUUGUGCAACAUCAUUUGUGACAAUUAGUCACAUUGUCUGCAAUAGGUUUAUUACUAAACAACGACCCAGUUUUUGAUUGGUUUGUAUGCUAUAUUGGUAGAUUUGAGUAUAUAACUACUAUGCAUUUUUUUGGUAAAAAUAAGCUUUUCAGUUGUAUCGAAGUAUACUUAACAAGUAAAACUUACGUAUAUUUAAGGUA